AUGUGUUUGAAGCAACCAAGACUGGCCCGCUACCGUCUAAGGCUGACCAUCCAAAGGUGUGACAACUGUCGACGACUCAAGGAAAAGUGCAACGGCGGCACUCCCUGCGACAGAUGCAACAAGUCGGGUCGCCAGUGCCUCUUCACCAACACCUUUAGGAGAACUAGGAACCCGCGUCUUGCCGGCGAGCAGCUGCAGUCUCGUGCCUCGCCUGUCGUUGACUCUGUCGACCCGAACAAGUUUUUCGAAGUCGAGAGAAUCCGCUUGUUGGAAACCAUCGCCCAGCAUUUCACGGGCAUCGAGCGGUGUACCAAGUCUAAUCUGCAGGAAGUGGUGGCCACCUUGCAGUCGGAAGACAGCCCGUCUCCGUCACAUGCCCCCGAAUCAGCUGGUCUCGACGAACACAAUACAAUCGAAGACUGUGCUGUAGAAAGCCAGGGUCAACUAACCUUGCCUGUGUACGAGCAGUUUUCUCAUUCAGACUUUUCCCGACGCGUCCAGCAGACAAUGGAGACUCGGUCGGAGGGACACCAAAGUGGAACGGCAUCAGGGGUGGUGCCUGCCGAGCAGCUUCUCUCACGAGAUUACCUCGUCCAAGAGGCCGCAUCUCUAUUCCCUCUGCCCGACGUCGCCAUCUUGCUACUCGAUGUCUUCUUCAACUUUGCCCAGACCAACUAUUUCUAUGUCGACGAAGAUACACUACGGCACCAAUUAUCCGAGUUCUAUAGGCCGUCCCGACCACUGACUAUCACAGAGGCCCCCUGGGUCUGUACCGCCCUCAUGGUCUUUGCAGUCGGCACCCAGUUUGCCCAUCUCGCCCCUAGUCCUCGCACACGAGUAGACGGCGACGUCAUAACCAUGAGUUCCGCCAUCGAUGACACACUUGCACUCGCAUUUUAUCGGAAGGCAGCCAGCCUUGUUCCAGAUGUCCUCACCAUCGGCUCCCUACAAAGUGUGCAGGCGUUUGGCCUCCUUGGGAUCUAUGCGCUUCCCCUGGACCCUGCAGGGCUGUCCUGCACGUAUUUUGGCAUUGCGGUGAAGCUAGCUACACACAACGGAAUGCACAAGAAAACCUACAAUAGCUUCACUACCAGAGAUGCGGAGGUGCGAAACAGGAUAUGGUGGACUGUGUGCACCUUAGAGAGGCGUAUUUCCAUCCUACACGGAAGGCCAGCAUCGAUAUCGAGAUGCGAUGUUGACGCGGCCUUGCCAGUUGACCUGGUCGACUUACAACCGCGGGAACGGAUAGAUACAUUUCAAAAUGUAAUGGCGCAGAGAGAGAUCACAGAGCUUAUGGAAGAUGCGCGUGACGCAAUAUUGGCCCUGAAAAAGGCGGAUAGAGCAAAACUUCCAGUCAUGGCACAAAAUCUGCUCAUAGUCAAGCAACACCUGCAAACUUGGUGGAAUACCCUUCCCAAAGAGACUUACUGCAGGGAUUUGAGCCCAGGAAAGCCGCUAUUUCGCUCAAACAUCCAUAUCGCCCUAACGUACCAUCUCGUUCACAUCUUCAUCGGCAGAUCAUUCAUCUUUGACGAAGCGGAUCCAAAUCCCGGGGCCCCUGCGGCAUAUGAAUGGAAGAUUGUGCGCGAUGAUUUGAUUGCUGAUUGCGUCAAGAGUGCCGCAGCUUCCAUCGAGCUCUGUCAGGUGCUACAAGACGACUUCGGUCUGUCUAAGUCGUCUUAUACCGAGUUCACCUCCUGCUGCGCCGCCGUCUUCGCGUUGGUGGCAAGACAAAUCUUCACAAAAGACCAGGUCCUAAAAGACCUCUGCAACCAAGGGCUGACCCUGCUAAAGAUCAUGUCCAGUGGAGUUUUUGCAAAGAGCUGUGAGAGGCGCGGCUUGGAUAUACUGGAGAUGGCCCUUUACAAGUUAGAUGGGAGCCACCAGCAAACCUCGUUAUUACACGGGACCGGCUAUACGGAGUUUCGAAAUUGGGUGGCGAUGCAGCAAGUUGUGCCCGGUGAGGCGCCGCGGCAGGAUCAAGCUCUGUUACCAGAUGAUUGGGCCUCUGGCAAUGUCUCGAAUCCGGGGAUGGCGGCACCUCAAGGGAGAAUGAGCAAUGCAUCCGAGUUUCUCUCGUCAACGUUGGCAGACUUGAGUUAUUUGCCGGAGCUGGAAGAAUGGGUGCAGCAUUCCGUGGCAUAAUCUAUGUGUGGUCAUUUCCCUCCCAGUUUUGUCCUGCUUGAGGUGCUUGACUUGCUUUUCUUAUCUUAAUGUCUCUAGAGUGAUGUUGAGGCAGUAUAAGGCUGACUUUUACACCAUACUCUAGCCAAGGAGUAAGAAUAACACCAGUGGCUCUAGGGGCUAGACAGAGCUCUCUGUAGCCUGACUCUCACAUCCUUACAUAGGCUACCGUACUCCUACACCUUAAACAGAC